AUGAUAGAUCUUGUUCCAGUUCUGUGUCUCCGUGGUGGGAUGUACCUUGACGAAAAAGGGAGCUCAGCAAUUAUAAAUCCCCUCUCUGCAGUCAUUCUCGACCAACCACAGUACCAAGAUUCUUUCUUCGCAGUCGAGAUCGACACGAGUUUCGACUCUUUGCUCGGCAACAUCAACACUAAUCACAUCGGAAUUGAUCUCAGCACUAUCGUUUCUUUUUCAUCUGUUGAUACUCUGUCUCCCGGUGUUGACUUCAAGAGCGGGAAAGUCGUUAAUGCAUGGAUUGAGUAUAGGGAUUCCAUGAAGAUGGUUUGUGUUUGGGUUUCUUAUUCUUCAACUAGUUCUCCAACUCCAAUUCUUGCUUCCCAGGUUGAUUUUUCUGAGCAACUCAAGGAGUUCAUGCAUGUUGGAUUCUCUACUUCCAAUGGAGGAGGUUCGGGUAUUCAUGUUAUUGACCAUUGGCAAUUCAUUAAGACUUUGGAUUAUGGCUCCCGUGAAGAGGUUACUCCUAUGGAUACCAUUGAAGAAGGGAACUGUCUUUUGUCAUCUUAA